AAUGGCGUAUCAGUAAAGUGUGUCACUUCUGGUCACGCCCUCCUCAAAAAGAAGUGUUGCACUAACAGGAAGUGUCUCUUCGGGUUUGAUUCGGAGGUGUUUAAAGCGGAAACUGUUGUCACUGGAUUACUGCCCCAGAUCCUGCCAUGGAUAUUACAGCUGUCUUUAUACUCGGCAGUCUUGGCUUUGCCAUAAUUGCUCAAGCACAAGAUUGCUCCAGACCUCUUGCAGGAGCCAACAUGGAUUUGAGGAAUGACUUCAUUACCCAGCAAACAUUUCCAGAUGGUGGCAAAGUUAUUUUUGUCUGUAAUCCCGGCUACACACCUGCUGGAGGAUCUACAUCUAUCACAUGCACUGCUGGCACAUGGAGUCCUGUGCGGCUGCAAUGCGAAAGGAAAUCUUGUGGCACUUUGGGUGAGGUGUCUAAUGGUCAAGUUGAUUAUGACGGAAAUGAGUUUGGUGAUACAGCUACGGUCACUUGUAACCGGGGUUACAUGCUGGUUGGGAAGUCGACUUUUAGAUGCGAAGUCAACGGAUGGGAUGGCAGGUUACCAACAUGUGACGCGGUGCAGUGUACCACACCAGCACCAGUGGCAAACGGCGCAUUUUAUCCAAACAAAGAUUUCUAUAAUUUCGGAGACGUUGCGAGGUACUCCUGCGAGAAAGGAUUUGUACUUAAUGGACCAAAAGACAUAGCCUGCUCUGAUGGUGGGGAAUUCUCCCCUUCUCCUCCAACCUGUGUCACGGUUGAAUGUCGAGAUCCUGUAAUUGAAAAUGCUGUCUUUGAAAGUGGUUCUCGGCCUCCACAUGGACACAAGGCUACAGUGACGUACAGCUGUAAACCCGGAUACAUAAUGCAUGGCCCGUCUACUGUGACAUGCGAUAUAACUAAUCAGUGGUUGCCAUCGUUACCAGAAUGUAAAAGGGCAACUCCACCUCCUGUCAAAACUACCACUCCCACUACCACCACAAUAAAACCUAGAGAUGAGAGUGACGCUACCUCUCCAACAUGGAUUAUUAUUCUAGUUGUUAUCUGCAUCAUUGGCUUUGGCUUUGGCCUUUUUAUAUUCUUCUUCCUAAAGAAACGCAGUCGGCGAACCCGUACUGUCAAAGAUCCUGCAAAAGAUGACGAGGAUGUAGCACUCUCGUAAGCGUCACUGUUCUGUUGGUCCAAAACUCCUUCAUGUGAAGAUGCUGCCUUGUGGAGAGGACUAUCCCCGGACCACUCUGUGAAUGAAGACGCUUCCAAAGAAAAAUGUUGAACUCCUCUCUAGAAAUCAGCUUCUGCAGAGAAGUCAGAAUGUAAUUUAGACAGCAUGACAUCUAUUCUCACUUGAUGUUUCAAGCGCCCGGUCACUUAUAAGACACAUGAAUCCAUUUGUUACCCGUUUUACUUUUUUGGACAUUAUUGUACUCUACGUUGAUUUGGAAUGUUUGCACUAGAGCACAGCUCAAGCUGGCCUUCACACACAGCUACAGAGAUUUUCUUAAUCUAGUAAAAGGAUAAUUUUUAUAUUAAUCCCACAUUUUGUGAAACGUUUCUGUUUGUGCAGAAAUAUUUGAUCUAAUUAAAAAAAAAACCUUCCCAUUUUCUGUAACUGUAAAGAUAAUGGGAGCUUUUGUAGCUGUAGAAAUGACUCCUGGUGGUUUAAACCUCUCAGUCUUAAAGCUCAUUAUUUAUACAGAUCAGAAAUUAGUGCCUAGCAAAGUUACAUCCUAUGUGCCUGUAUGCAAAAAAAAAAAUCAAAUGCUUGUCUUUGUAUGUAUGUGUGUUUGAGUUGCAAUAAACAAUUUGCCAGUUUAAAUCAUGUUAUCAGUAUCAACCAUUUGACUUUUUUUAGGUUCUUUGUUUUGCUUGAUAUUAACAAGACCACUUUUUCCCCAUCUGUAAUAUUCAGUUUUCAUUUUACAUUGCACCAAUGCUAAUACUUUUUUAGUAGCAGAACUUUAAAAUUUGCUGUGGUUGCAUACGUUUUUAUUGAAGGCUAUCUCAGAUAGGCUUGCACUUAUUUAAGUUGAUGACUUCAAAUCAAUGUGAUUUCAUAUUGUUUGGAGGCAGUUGUCUAAUUGUGUAUUUUUUGUAAUUAAAAUAAAGGCUGAAAACAGAA